AUGAGCCAACCGCCGUUCCGCGCUGCCCGCCAGGCUUUCGCCGCGCGAGGAGCGCCGUCGCUCGCAGCAGACGCCUCGCCUCGUCGCGCCGUUCGGCACCCCGUGGGCGACUGUCUGCCCUCUCUGCCGCGCACUGGCCUGACCGCCGCAGCAUCCGCGGCCUGCUCUUCAGACUUCUUGUCUGCGCCCUCGGCCGCAUGCGCAGGCGCGCCGCAGUGGCCUUUUAUCCAGAGAGACACAGCGUCAACCCCGGCUGCCGCCUUUCCGCAGCCUGCUUCGUGGGCGGCUGCUUCCGCCGCCGCGCCCUCAUCCACCCCCUCACCUUCUUCACCUUCCUACAGCUCCGCGCUCCCUCGUGCGGACCAGGAUGCUGACCCUCUGCGGCGCUGCGGCGAGCCGCGCGCGAACACGCCACUCUGCGUUCGCAGCCUGGUGCUUGGCAUGGAAGUCGCCCUUCUGAGUGAACGUGUCAGUCGCCGCCCAGAUGGCAGUCUCGAGUCGGCCUGCGACCGCGCCUGGCUCUGCUUGCUGCAGGCCUACGGCCUGUACCAGCCAGAAGCCGUCGAUUUCCUCAACGGGCUCCUCGUAGAGGAUCGCAUGAGCCGAAUCCUCGAAUUCUUCCAGCACGUUGCCUCCACUUCGUCGUGCUCAAAUCCUUCUUCUGGCGGGCAGCGAUGCGCGUCGUCCGCGUCUGCGUUGUCGUGCCCGAUGGAGUUCGCGCCGCGAAGGGGUCGAGCGUCGUCCGCGUGGGAAGAGGCUGGACUGCCCUUGCGCACGUCUUCCGCCUUUCACGCGGAGAGUGCCUUGGGGGAGACAGCAAGCGAACCAGGCAGUCGUGUGUCGUCCGCCACACUGUCAGCCGCAGAGGGGCUGCACGAGACAACCAAGGUAGGCCUCGACUGCGCUGCGGAAGGCUCGGGCUUCUUGGAAGCUCAGGACGCCCAGGCGAGAGAGCAGUCCACGAAUGUGUUGCGGGCCUCGCCCCGGCGGGAGGCCUUCUCCUCGUCCUGCUCAGUUGACAUGCAGGAGCAUUCGUCGCCGUAUUGCUGCGCGGAGUCCACCCCAGUCUUUUCGUUCGCGUCAUCGGCGGAGGGCUCGAGUCCCUCCUCUGGGUGCCGCAGCCGAGAAGAGCUCCGCGCGGGUUCGCUCCCUUCUCUUCUGCAACAGGUCUCAGGCGUUUCCGCGGCGCCUGCGGACAGCAGGCGGGCGGGCGUCUUCGCCCUGCGCGCCGCCGCGCGGCUGCCAUUGAUGCUCGUUCUCAGCGAAGGCGAGAGGAAGCGGAAGGGGCUCCGCGGCGCCGAGAGGCCGUACGCCAGCAGCAGCGGAGGCUCGCCGUCGUCUUCCACGUCCUACGGAGGGAGCACGCGGGCCGCGGCCUCUCCAGGCGGCUCAAUUGGGUCGUCGAUCGAAUGCCUCUCUGAGGCCCUGGCGUCAGUUGAUGAGGAGAGGAGAGAGGACAGUCGCCCGCGGAUGCUAGGCUUCGGCCGGGCGGCGGAAGGCUGUGAAGCCGCCAGCGGCGACGAGCUCUCAGAGGCGGACCUGCCCUCGCCAGACCCCGAGGCGUAUCCGCUAGACGGCCAACAGACACUGCCUCGCCCCCGCGUCCACCGGUCUCUUGCGUGCGCCGCCACUGAACAGUUUGUUGAGGAGACGUCUCAGGACGAAGAGGAAACAGAGCAGCCAGCACGCGGCGCCAGGACGGCUGCAGUGGGUCCGCUGGCGGCAGACUGUGUAGGGGAGCGGCCGCCAGAGAUCGACGCGGAGGAAGAAGGCGCGGAGAUGCCGGCGCAUGCGUCUGCAGGGCUAGACGCGGAGGGGCAGAAGCCGCGGGCUUCUCUUCCGGCGUUCGCACGCGACUGUAGACACAGUGAGGCGCUCACGCCGGUGUGCGCCGGCGCGCAGCAGGCGGUGCAGUCCUCUUCUGUCGCCGACGACAGCAUGCGGAGAAAGACUGUCUCCUCCUCGCGGCCGGUGCACAGGCGCCGCAGCGAGCACGCGUGGAGGGGCGCGCGACGCCCGCCGCGUCUCUCGCGGUCAUGCGCCUGCGUCUACCCGCGUCGCGCCGCCGGCAGCGGUGCGGCCUCGCCCGCGACCCUGACUGAGACGCUGCGGCGUCACUCUGUGGAUGUCGUACUGCUGCCGGCUGCGUGGAGUCGCCAGUCUGGCUCGGUCUCUCGCUCUUCGCAGGACUUUCCAGCUGCAUUCUCUGAUGCGUUUGCGGUGCCCCUGUCGGUCACGAGUGCGUCCCGCGCCGGCACUUUCGACGACUCUCCCACCUCUCCGUCGUCGCCGCAGGCACACUUUUUGGACGCGAACUCCACAGGCUCGACGCUGAAACAGUUCGCUCUCGCCUUGCUGCUGCAGAUGAAGGAGAACGCGCUGAAGCUCGAGCUCUUCCAGCGCCGGCAGCGCGCUCUUGUUCGGCGUCAAGAGACUCUGCGGCGCCACCGUCAAGCCAAUCUGCAGCGGCUGCACCAUGCGCACAAGCGAGCGUGGGCAGCGGCUCGCGCGGCGCGCCCCACGACUCCAUCCGGGCUGGCGGCGAGGCGGGGGCAGCGGGGGUGUGGAGUCUUUGCGGGCGUUAUGCCUCUGUCGCCCGAGUACCUAUCCCUCGCGCGGACUGAGGGAGACAGCGGCGAGCCUGACCGCGACCGCGGCCGCCCCCCCGCAGCUAUUCCGGAGGACGAGAGUCUUAUCGCCCCUUUUCUGGCUUCGGAUACUACGCCGGCGUCCGCGUCUGCGCCGGCGGGCGGCGCCGUUCCUCAACCGGCGGCGGCGCAGCGUCCGCUCGCCCAGCACAUUCGGCCCUUCUCAGUGGGCGAUGGAGGCAUGCUGCUGCUGUCGCUCAGUCCGAUGGAUGGGAGCGGCGUCAGCAGCCGGGAGCGCCAAGACAGCGGCGGGCGAAUCCCCGCCACGACCGUGCCGUCUCUUGGGGCUCCAUUUGAGGCGGACAGCGGUCGCGCGGGUAGUCCCUUCUCACCGGUUGCGACAGAGGUGCCGCCGGCGUCCGCUGCCAGCGCGGCCCCCUCUCGCCGGGCGUGGGGGGAGCCCCUCCGCCGCUGCCCUGCAGCUCCUCCGCAGUCUACGGAGCGUCAGACGCCUGCCGCCUUUGCGCCUCAGAAUCUCCCAUUUGCGUUCUUCUCCAACGAGGCGUAUCCAGCCUCGCCCUACCCCCCGUCUCCCGCUGCCCUGAGUGCUGACGGCGAGCCUCACAGCGAUGCUCGCGGAGCCUCGCCAGCCACGUGGAAUGACGCCGCCGAAACUCCCGUGCAGUUUCCGGUGGACACGACCUCACGGGCGACCGAUGGCCUCUUGCGGCGGAGUUUAGGAUUUAGCAGCGCCGCCGCAACCGCUGUGUCUGCAGAGCCGCGGGCGGAUGGCGCGGAAGCAAUGCAGGCAGAGGGCGAAGGAAUCCAGCUGAUGACGCAGUGCGGGGCCAGCGGGAUGGUGACAACACCGCUGUCGUCUGUCUCCGCCGCGUCGGGCGCAGGCACAGAGAUGACGGCUUUCGAUAUUCAACUCUCGGCGCGAGAGUCUGAACGUUCUCCCGUCGAGCCUGCCGGCGCGUCGUCGGCUCCGCAGCGCUGGGAGACGUCGCAGGCCUCCGAUUCGUCUUCGUUUGCAGCGCCGGCAGAGAGUAGCCGCUCGCGGUACAUGGUCGCGCACCAGCCGCUGCCAUGUUCACGGAGUGACGGCGGAGGAAGCGAGGCGGAGGCCGAAGCUUCGCAGGACGUUGUGCCUCACGGCAGGCGAGAGCGGACCCUGUCGUCUCCUGCGUUGGCGCUUAUCGAGGUGCCGAAUCACCUGUAUCGGUCAGGUCAGCUCUCCCGGGAGAGGCACAGAUCAAGCGAGACAGACGACUCUGUAGCAGGCGAAGGGUUUGGGGUGUUUUCUCCUGCUGGCGAGUCUCUCGAGGGGGACAGGCUGCGGUACCGCCGCGGAGAAGCUGUUCCGUCGACGCGUCGCCCGGCCUUGUCUCAUUCGUGGGGGCCUCCGCAGAGGGAGACGGGUCCGAGUGUCUCAGGAGGCCUGCGGCCAUCGUCUCGCCCAAGCCGCCGGCAGCCGGCGGACAGCUGCAGCCUUUCCGCCUACGCAGGUCGCGGGCUCUCUCCUGCGUCCAUGGCGCCCGCCGAAGAGGCGUGCGGGUCGAGCUCUGGGCUCGCGGCCCCAUGGCCAUCCGGCUACGUUCCCUGUCUGCCAGCAGGGGGCGGGGGGGACUUGCCCUGGGGUUCCAUGCAUCCCGCCGGGGGUCUGCGGGAGACCUACGACCAGCAGGCGCUCUUCCAUCGGCAAAGGCGACAGCAAGAACUGCUUCAAAGGCAGCUAGUGAAGAGCGAAGAGCAGAUCCAAGGUCUCCGAGCUCUCAUGGAUCGGCUCCUCCAUGUCGUGGAGCACCUCGAAAGUAGGGAGGCCUCUGGCGUGUAG